AUGUGUUGUGUUUUCAAAAGAAAAAACUCCGCUGCCGCCGCUGCUGCUGCUACUCCUUCUCUCUUCCAGACGAAUAGAGCCAAGGCGCGUGUUGAGAAGCUCAAGGCUAACGAACCGGAGGAACCGGAGCAAGCGGCACCUGGGGAGGAGAAGGGAGAGGGUGGUGGGGAGUUGCUCUCUGCAGAGGAUGAGAAGAAGGUGCUGAUGCGCGUCAUCAAAAAGAGGCUCAAACCCGGCGGAAAAAAUGGUGAGACUGCUGCACGGCUUUCUAAGAGCUUCGUGGAAGGGGGGGUGUCUCUCAACACGACUCCGCAGCUGCUUCAGUCUACCGUGUUUCACGCCACGGGUGUAAAAUUGAAACAAUAUCUCAACAUCACGUGUCCGCGCAACACGGUAAAGGUUCUUGCUCUCGGCAUUACGCAGCUCGAUGGCGAGGAGUUGGUCAAAGCAGUUGUCAGGGCGCCCUUUUUGUUGAUUGUGGGUGACGAGUCGCUCCGCAACCGGGACAAGAAGUUCCCUGUCUUCGUCGCUUUUCACGACGUGGAGGCGGACGCGCCGUGGUUUGGCCUGUUGCGCGUAUGCAGCAUGAAAGACAAAACGGCAGAAACGCAGGCUCAGCUGUUUUACGAAACGAUCGUCGACACGCUUGGCUACCCAAAACACCAGGGCAACACCACUCCUUCUGUGCCCGAUAAUCAAGUGGAGCACCUCGAGUGCGUACGUAGCGUUAGACCCGUAGGUGUCCCGCUGAUGCCCGUCGCCGCGUGGCGUGCCGACACCCAUCAUCCAAACGAUCGUACGUCCCCCUCUGGCCUACGUUUGUUGUCACCUUCCUUCUCUCUGUCCCUGCCACGUGGGUUCAAGGCUACACCGACCGACAUCAUCAUGGCCAACAAGCAGCGAGGACGAGGCCGUCGUGCUGUUGGUGGCGGUGGUGGUGCUUCGACUUCUUCUGCGGGUGACCACGGUGAUGGUCCGACAAGCGCAACAAACAUCGGCGAGGUCUUGGCUUCGCACUGCGUGAAGGAGUGGGACGCGCCACUAAAUAACAUCACGUUGGCGGAGAACAGCAGGCAAACCAGCCCGACCGCGGUGCAGGAAGUCGUCGAGAGCAUCCAAUCUCAUGGAUGGGUGGAUAGCUUUCCGCGAGUGAUGUUCUCGGAUCUGACAGAAGGGCAAGAGAUGACCGUCGAACUCCCGGCUACGCUACAUGCCGUCGUCAUCGACGGAAAUCAUCGGUUGGCUGCCUGCAAGGAGGUGUACGGAGAAGAUCGGCUCAUAAGGUGCACGUGCUAACGGUUCAUCGCGGAUGGCUUCGCCAGGCAAAUCGCCUCUGACGUGUGUAACGUCACGACGGCCACGUUCCAAGCGCGGACAAUCUACGACCAGCUCUAUUUCUACAAUAGGAUGAUGACGUCGCUGAUGGCCCAGGAGAGCGAGUCAUCAUCAGCUUGCCGGCGGUCUUCUAAUAGUCGUUCGAAAUCGUCCGUCACCGCGGCUAAGCUAGCGGCAUGCCGGA